AUGAAAAUCUUAAGCUGGAAUUGUCGGGGUCUGAGCAACCCGCGUGCAAUUCCGAACUUGAAGAAGCUGGCUCAGCAGCACCGCCUGGAUAUUAUAUUUUUGUCGGAAACGUUGGCUAACAGUCGUAGGUUGGAAACUAUUAGAGUCUCACUCAAAUUUGAUUCGUGCUUGUCUAUUGAUGUGGAAGGUAGGAGUGGUGGUUUAGCCGUCUUAUGGAGGAACACGGGUUGCUGCAGUGUGAGUAAUUUCUCACGUAACUUUAUUAACCUGGAUAUUAAAGAUGAGAAUAGGGGAGUUUGGCGGUUAUCAUGUUACUAUGGAUUUCCUGAACGAAAUAGGAGGAGACUUGCUUGGGAUAUGCUACGGGAUAUUUGGAGCAUGUCGGAUUCACCGUGGUGUAUCAUCGACGAUUUUAACGAUCUCCUCUCGCAAGAAGAUAAACGUGGCAUACAUUCUCACCCGAAUUGGCUUUGUACAGGAUUCCGGCAAGUGGUAAAUGAUUGUGACCUGAUUGAUAUAGCCCUUGAAGGAUAUCAGUAUACAUGGGUCAAGAGUCGCGGAGCUGCGCAUAUGAUUGAAGAGCGGUUGGACCGAGCUAUGGCGACACCGGGGUGGCUUGAGUUAUUCCCGAAUGCAUCUCUGUCGACCCUUGUGGCUGGUCACUCUGAUCACAGUCCUAUCCUAUUGUCAUGUGCUUUACCGCAACAAAGUAUGUUUAGAAGGAAAUUCCGCUUCGAAAACAGUUGGCUUCGUAAGCCGGAUAUUGAUGAUAUUGUUCACUCGGGCUGGUUGCUUGAAGAUAAUAUUGAGGUGGAGGGUAGACUCUCGAACUGUGCAGAAAGGUUGGUGAUGUGGAGUCGAGAUAAAAGAAGGAAUAUGAAGUCGGAUAUUGAGCGUUAUCGAGCAUCGAUGGAGAUGUUCAGAGGUGGGAACGAUGAAUAG